GAGGUUCAAUACUGCUAUUCCAAUCAACUUCGUACAUGUCCAACUGGAAAAACGUUAACAACUGGCACUGGGUUAACAAGAACUGCUUGAAUUGGGCAAAGACCUAUUUCCAGCAAGAACUUGUUGGUAUCGAAGCAGAGAAGAACGGUGUCCAAACCAGCGUCAGCAAGGUCACAGAGGUCACUGGCGAUGUCGACCUGAACCAGAGAAAGGGAAAGAUUAUCACUAUCUUUGAUGUCGAGAUCAAGUUGGAAUGGAAAGGUACUGCUCCCGAUGGUACUGAGGCCCAAGGUCGCAUUCUCAUUCCUGAAGUUGCACAUGAUACUGAUAUUGAUGACUAUGUGUUCGAAAUUUCCGUCACCGACGACUCAAAUGCAAAGCACGCCAUUAAGGAAGUAGUUCGUAAGGAACUUGCUGCAAAACUUCGUCAAAAAUUGUCAACCUUUGCAGGAGAUUUGGUCAAGGCCCACGGAGCUGAUGUUUACAUUGAUCCUUCGCAAUUGGGAACUGCUCCUCCACCACGAGUGGCACAUGCUGCUAAGGAUAGCAACGCUGCCACUAAGGGCCAUGAUGGUGCUUCCACCACUGGCGCCGACAAGCGUGGAAAAAUUGUAAAUACCACCUCUUUGGAAGAGGCUGUAGAAUUCCAGACAUCUGCUCAUGAACUCUAUGAGACGCUACUCGAUUCGCAACGUGUUGCUGCCUGGACUCGCGGAUCUGCCAAGAUGUCCCGUGAAAUUGGAGGAAAGUUUGAAUACUUCAACGGUAACGUUUCUGGCGAGAUUCUAGAGACCGUUCCUGACAAGAAGAUUGUGCAAAAGUGGCGUCUUAGCACUUGGCCAGAAUCUCACUUUUCUGAAGUCACUUUCACUUUUGAUCAAGCUUCUGACUCCACUAAGCUGAUUGUCAAGCAAACUGGUGUUCCAAUUGGUGAAGAGGAAGUCACUCAACGUAACUGGACCGGAUACUACUGGAACUCUAUCAAGCAAACAUUUGGCUUUGGUGUUGUGUUUUAAUGUAAGGUGUGUUUUAUCCACAAACAACACCACCUAAGGAUUUUUGCAAUUUAGACAAAACAACAGUUUGAACCUCUCGUUGGGGGGUUUUUAUUCUUUCAAAGAUAACGUAGCAGAAAGCGAGAGAACAAAAGUAUAAAAAGAAAAAUUAACAAAAUUACAAAAUAAACAAGACAUGUACAUCUAAAACCGGUGUGUUGACUACAAGAAUACAGACGUGCACAAAUCAUACACUAAGUCCAAAAGGCAUAAGCAUCUU